AUGUGGCUAACAGAGGCUCAAAAAUUCGGUGUGGCUUUCACUUUCGGUGGUUUUCUCUUCUUUUUAUUUGGUAUAUUCACUCUUUUUGAUCGUGCCCUAUUAGCUUUGGGCAAUAUUCUAUUUUUAAUUGGAGUAUUUUUAAUAAUCGGUUCACAAAAGACUUAUAUUUUUUUUACCAGACCAAAUAAAAGGCGCGGUUCACUAUUCUUCCUAGUUGGUGCCUUCUUGAUACUGUUAAAAUGGACAUUUUUAGGUUUUAUAAUUGAAUCACUAGGUAUUAUAGGCCUCUUCGGUGAUUUUUUUGGCGUCAUCGUUCAAUUUUUGAGGUCAAUGCCCAUAAUUGGUCCCAUACUCUCUCACCCCGCAGUCGCUCCAAUAGUAGAUAAAUUGGCCGGAGUGAGGGUUCUGCCAGUAUAA